UCUUUGUAGUGCAUUCAAUUGAAUAUGGGUUGAAAAGGAUUUGCAAAUCAUUGUAUUCCGUUUAUAUUUACAUCUAACACAAUUUCCCAACUCAUAUGGCAACGGGGUUUGUAUAAAAGUAGCUCAGGGGCAUGAUGAAUGUGGAGAAAAAUCGUGUAAUUCUUAAAUAUUCAUGAAGCAAACUUCAAAAAUAAAACAUUUUUAUAGACUCAAAUGUUUGUUUUAUUUCUAAGUUGGCGUAAAGCUGUGUCCGUCUGAACAUAUUUCCCAUGCUGCAGCCGUUCUUAAUCCAUUUAGGAUGGCUCUCGCUUCCAAUGUUCCACUUUCACCGCCAACAGUUCUUUUUAAGCCGGCCCUCAGUGAGACGGCGCAGACGGAUUCCACACAGCCGAGAUCACGUCAACCUGUUCCCACCAUGGACCUGAAAUUCCUGUUUACAGCCUCACUUGUUAUUCUAGGAGCAGCCCUCGCUAUCUCGCUGGCAGACGGCACAGCGCAGUGCAAAAUUAAGUGGUUGUUCGGCAUCCCGUGUCCCGACGUCUACGGAGCCCUGGUGAACCAGAUCAAGGCCUGGCAGAUUGAACAAAGCUGCUUAAACGCCGGAGAGAAGUGCUCUUAUGAACUUGUGUCGACUUCUCCCUACCUGAUAAAAGCCACGCACACGUCGCCAAAAACGAAGAACGUCAACGACCUUCAGUUUCUUCUGGAGCAGUCGACUGUUUGCAAAGUGACUGGCGAUGGAACGUCAUUGCCUUACAAAGACCCAGCAGAUAACACCAACUUCUGCAGCCUCCAAAACCUGGUGGACGGAAGCGACCUGAUUGAAGCUGAGGGCUACAAGCGCUUCACCAACAAGUGGAUCUGUGCUGGCUUUGAGGAUGCCAACUGCACUUUGUCAUAAAGUGUGCAUAUUAGGGCUGUCAGACAAAUAAAAUACAAAUAUUUAAUCAUGAUUAAUCACAUUUUGUGCAUAGUUAACGCAAGUUAAUCACUUUAGUAUAUGUGUACCUUAGGAUCAUUUUUAAGUAUCUUGCAAAUGUUUGUUUGUUAUGUGAUGCUUCUUUCAAAAGCUCAACACAAAAUGGACACAAACACUUUU